UGAGAACAGCGUUGAUCUCUUGCUAGCUCAAUGAAGAGAACAUUUCCUCUUUCAAAACACUGCGAAGAAAAUGUUAAAACCCGCUAUCUUGGUUUUGGUUCAGCUGCUACUCUGCCGUGCCUCCGCUCCUGGGGUCAAGACGUUGCCAGUGCUUCCCGUGACAGAGUCUGCCGUCCCCCGCACCCAGAUAGAAGCAGUGCCAGCAACCGCCAGGACAGAGACUGCCGGCAAUUCCACUGCACUUGGAUCCAGUCCUGCAAGCAUGCACCACGACAACAUUUCAAAACCAGAAAUAAAAUCUGUCACUUCAAAAACCACUCUUGAAGUAGGAAAUUGCAUCUCUCUUCAAUGCCACUCCACAAAUGGAAGCCUUCCUGUGACUUACUCAUUAUUUCUACGUACAAGACAUAUCUCCACUAUCAAGAAGUUUGAUAGAGAUCCUGCUAUCUUUAAUGUGCUCAUAAACAAUACUGAAGAUGGCGGUGUGUACAAGUGCAAAGCUACAAGUAAUGUUUCAGUCAUGUUUAAAUACAGUGAAGGGAUCCAUUUUACAAUAAAAGGUACCACUUCAUAUAAGUGGUUGUAUUAUACAACAAUAUCUCUUCUGCUGUUAGUGGGACUUUUAGUAAUUAUCUGUAUUAAAGUAGGUAAAAACCGAAUCAAUAAAAGGUACAAAACACAGGAACAGCGUAACCAAGAUACCAACGUGGACAACACUUGCUCUAUUGAAGAUAAAGUCGUAUAUACUCAAUUUAACUUACAAUCCCAGAAGAAUAAGAAAGCACAACAACAAGAAGGAGUAGUUUACGCCGCAAUUAAUUUCAAUGAAUAGUGAUGGAAGGAGCAUUGAAGUGUAAAGUGUUGUUAUCAAAAUUAGGAAAUAUUUACAAAAACACAAAAUGCUCAAAACACUCAACAGUUCUGACAACAUUUGUGGUCCUCAGCUUCCACAUCCUUCCUACAAUGAGGUGACUGGAACUAAACACAAUAUUCCAUGUCUGGUUUAACUUUAUAGAGCUGCAACAUUACCUAGCAAACUUGUAUUAUGGAAACUGCAUGUUUUAGGAUAGAUUAGAUAGAUAGAUAUUUAUUGAUCCCAAAGGAAAUUACACUGUCACAGUAGCAUUAGUAGCACAGGUAUACAAAUAUUAGAAGAGAAGUAAGAAAGAAUAAAAAAAAGUUACCUCAAGCAUUCUAACAGGAGGGAGUCAUCACUUCCCCAGCUAUAGGUUGACUCAUUAUAGAGCCUAAUGGCUGAGGGUAAGAAUAACCCCAUAAUGCGUUCUUCGAAGGAGCACAGUUGUCUUAGUCUAUUACUAAAACUGCUCCUUUGUUCAGCCAAGGUGGUAUGCAGAGGUGAGAAACAUUGUCCAGAAUUGCCAGGAUUUUCCAUAAGUUCCUUUGUUCUACCACAGUCUCCAGUGUCCAGACUGACUCCUAUAACAGAGCCAGCCUUUCUAAUCAGUUUAUUGAGCCUGUCGGCAUCACGUGUUGUUGCCAUUGCCUCAGCACACCACCGCAUUGAAGAUUGUACUGGUAGAACAUGUGAAGGAGAGGCCUGCAUACUCCAAAGGGCCUCAGUCUCCUCAGGAAGUAGAGGCGACUCUAGCCCUUCUUAUACACAGCCUCUGUGUUGGUGCUCCACUCAAGUCUCUCAUCCAGGUGCACCCCCAGGUACUUGUAGGUCCUCACCACAUCCACGUCCUCACCAUCAAUAGUAACAGGGAGCAGUGCAGGCUUACUCUUCCUAAAGUCCAUCACCAUCUCCUUUGUCUUACUGAUGUUGAACUGCAGAUGAUUCAGUUUGCACCAUUUGACCAAGUCCUUCACCAGGGCCCUGUAUUCAUCCUCCCGUCCUCCCUUUAUACACCCAACUAUUGCUAUGUCAUUAGCGAAUUUCUGCAGAUGAUAUGACUCAGUGUUGUACCUAAAGUCUGAGGUAUACAGGGUAAAUAGGAAGAGAGUCAAUACAGUCCCCUGUGGGGCCCCAGUGCUGCUUAUAGCCAUGUCUGACACACAGCUCUGAAGCUGCACAAACUGUGCUCUGCCAGUCAGGUAGUCCGUUACUCACGAUACAAUGGAAGUGCCAACCAGCAUUGAACCGAGAUUUUCCCCCAGCAGUGAGGGCUGUAUGGUAUUGAAGGCACUUCAGAAAUCAAGAAACAUGAUUCUCACAGUGCUGCCCUGCUUAUCCAAAUGGAAGUCGGCUCUUUUCAGCAGGUAGAUGACAGCACCGUCGACUCCAAUGUGCUCAUGGUAGGCAAACUGCAGGGGAUCGAGGGCUGAUCCGUCCAGGGGUCAGAGGUGAGCCAGGACCAGCCUCUCUAGGAUCUUCUUGAUGUGAGAGGUCAGGGCCACUGUAAGGUUGAGGAAGUUUGGUAUGGGCCCCCAAAUCCUAAGAAAUUUCUACAGGGCCACAAUUGAGAGCAUCCUGACUGGCUGCAUCACAGCCUGGUAUGGACACUAUACCUCCCUUAAUCGCAGGAUUCUGCAGAGAGUGGUACGGAGAACCCAGAGCAUCUGUGGUUGUGAGCUUCCCACGAUCCAGAACAUUUACAAAGACAGGUGUGAAAAAAGGUCCCGUGGGAUCAUUGGGUCCCGAGCACCCCAACCACAAUCUAUUCCAGCUGCCACCAUCCGGGAAACUGUACCAUGGCAUAAAAGCCAGGACCAACAGGCUCUGGGACAGCUUCUUCUACCAGGCCAUCAGACUGAUUAACUCACACUGAUUUGAGUGUAUCUCUAUGUUACAUUGACUGUUCUAUUUAUUAUAAAUUACUACGAUUGCACAUUGCACAUUUAGACAGAGAUAUAAUGUAAAGAUUUUUACUGCUCCUGUAUGUGAAGGAUGUAAGAAAUAAAGUCAAUUCAAUUCAGGUAGUCAUUCAAGACAAGAUAGAGGCACAAUAAGGCAAGACAGGCAGAAAGGUUGUUUCCACUGUUACGUGAGACUAGAACAAGGGGACAUCGCCUGAGGAUUCAUGGGAAUAGAUUUAAGACGGAGAUGAGAAAGAACUGCUUUUCCCAGAGAGUAGUAAAUCUGUGAAUUCUCUGCCCAGGGAGGUAGUAGAGAUGACUUCAUUAAAUAUAUUUAAGACACCAUUAGCUUUUUUGCAUAAUGGAGGAAUUAAGGGUUAUGGGUAAAGGCAGGUAGGUGGAGCUGAGUCUAUGACCACGUCAGACUGAAUGGCAGAGCAGGCUUGACAGGCCAGGCCUACUCCUGUUCCUAUUUCAUUGUCCUUAUGAAAUAAAAAAAUAAAGGCAUCCAUUAGUCUUGCGAGACCAUGGAUCUGCCCCUGGAAAAUCUUCACUCUCCAGGGCGCAGGCCUGGGCAAGGUUGUAUGGAAGACCAGCAGUUGCCCAUGCUGCAAGUCUCCCCUCUCCACGACACCAAUGUUGUCCAAGGGAAGGGCAUUAGGACCCAUACAACUUGGUACCAGUGUUGUUGCAAAGCAAUGUGUGAUUAAGUGCCUUGCUCAAGGACACAACACGCUGCCUCGGCUGUGGCUCGAACUCUCACGACCUUCAGGUCGCUAGUCCAAUGCCUUAACCAUGGCCACGUGCCCACUCAAAUAGACCUACUGUCAAACAUUAACUCUGUUUCUCUUUAUACAGAUGAAGCCUAGCCUGCUGAGUGUUUCCAGCAUUUUCAGUUUUUAUUUUCAGAUUUUUUUUUUGGAUUUUCAGUAAAUACUUGCUCUUCUCAUUAAUUGAACUUGAUUUGUCUUCAUUUUGUGCUAAGUAGCUGGUCAUUGUAUCAAUAUGAUGAAAAGCAAAUGCUUUAUUUGUGUAAAGGAAAUAAACCAGCUUGCCAAUAGUGGAAGCAGUUGUAGUUUUGGGCAUUGAUGCUACACAGUGGCCAUUCAUGAUGGAGCUGCUUGUUUAUGUGUGAUGUCACUGUCCCUGGGUUUGCCAUGUCCUACCACUACCACCAUGACACAUGGUAGGAAUAAGCUGAUGAAGACCUUCAUCAUUCAUUCUAGACGCACUAAGAUUAUGUCAUAGAACAUGACAGCACAGAAUCAUGUCAUUCGGCCUUUCUAGUCUAUGCCGGGCUAGGUAAUCUGGCUAGUCCCAUCAACCUGCACCCCGACAGUAGCCCUCCAUAGCCAUCCCAUCCAUGUACCUAUCCAAAUUUCUCUUUAAUGUUGAAACUGAACCCGAACCCACAUCCAUCACUUGUGCUGGCAGCUCAUUCCACACUCUCCGAGUGAAGAAGUUCCCCCUCAUCUUCCCCUUAAACAUUCCAUCUUUCAUGCUUAACCCUCAACCAUCAGCCUCUUGAACCAGUGGGCAUAACAUCACUCAACUUCAUUCACCCCAUCACUGAACUGUUCCUACAACCUAUGGAUUUACAUUCAAGGGCUCUUCAUCUCAUGUUCUCGAUAUUUAUUGUUUUUUUUUCCCCUUUGUAUUUGCACAGUUGUCUUUUGCAUAUCGGGUUUUGUCCAUCCUGUUGGGUGCAGGCUUUCAUUGUUUCUAUUAUGUUUCUUGGAUUUACUGAGUCACCCGCAAGAAAAUGAAUCUCAAGGUUGUAUAUGGUUACAUAUGUACUUUAAUAAAUUUAUGAUGAUGAUGAUUGAGGACACACAGUCCCCUUUUAUUGUCAUUUAGUAAUGCAUGUAUUAAGAAAUGAUAAAAAUGUUUUUCCAGAAUGAUAUCACGAAAACACAUGACAAACCGACUUAAAAACUAACAAAAAAACAUAAUUAUAACAUAUAGUUACAACAGUGCAAAGCAAUACCGUAAUUUGAUAAGAACAGACCAUGGCACAGUAAAAGUCUCAGAGUCUCUCGAAAGUCCCGUCAUCUCACGCAGACGGUAAACCUUCAGCGCUGCCAACUUGCUGAUACAGCAUCCCGGAAGCAUCCGACCACAGUCCGACUCCGAGUCCGUCCGAAAAACUCCAAGCCUCCGACCACCUAUUCGACACCGAGCACUGAGCACCAUCUCUGCCGAGCAUUUCGACCCCGGCCCCGGCAACAGGCAAUACGCAAAGCCGAGGAUUUGGGGCCUUCCCCUCCGGAGAUUCUCGAUCGCACAGUAGCAGCAGCAGUGAAGCAGGCAUUUCAGAAGUUACUCCAGAUGUUCCUCUGCAUUUUCACGACUGUCCCCAUCAAAUCUGGAUUGUGCAUGGCACCCCUAGUUACACAUAUCAAUAUUCAUUCGGAAUGGCCAUGCACGCUGCGUCGCACCGCCAUCUUCUCCUCCCUCCUCCUUUACUUUGAACUUUAACCCAUGACCUCUUAUUGUCUCACCCAACCUCAGUGGAAAAAGCCCACUUGCAUUUACCUCAUCUAGACCUCUCAUAAUUUUCUUUACCUGUAUUAAAUCUCCCCUCAAUCUUCUACAUUCUAGGGAAUAAAGUUGUAACCUAUUCAACCUUUCACUAUAACGCAGGUCCUCGUCCCACCAACAUCUUUGUAAAUUUUCUCUACGCUUUUUCAAUCUUAUUUACAUUUUUCCUGUAGGUUGGUGACCAGAACUGUACACAGAAUUCCAAAUUAGGUCUCUCAAACAUCUUAUACAGUUUCAACAUAACAUCCCAACUCCUAUACUCAUUACACUGACUUAUGAAGGCCAUUGUGCCAAAAGCUUUCUUUAUGAGCCUAUCUACCUUUGACAACACUUUCAAGGAAUUACGGAACU